AAUACGAGCAUCCACUUUUGCAUCAUAAAGAGCUAACCCCGCGGAAUCAUUUCGUACUGCCAUUUCAAAAUCUCUUUAGAGUCGUGGAUCGUGUCUUCGUGAGCCUUUCCUUCAUCAUGACCUCGAAACUUGAGAACAGGCAUUGGAUUAACAAUGAGGUCGGUCCGCAGGCAUCAUCCUAAGUGACGUCGGUAUUUUAAUUUAUGAUCAGUUUGUCGAAUUCGCAGCCAAGGAAAGCUACACAGUGCGUUCUCCAUUCGACGAUCAUGUAGUUGGCACGGUUCCGGUGGCAGACGAAAGCGUCGUUGAUCGCGCUGUUGCUGCUGCGCGAGAAGCGUACGAAAGAGGACCGUGGUCGAACUUCACCCCGACUCAGCGAGCUCAUUGCAUGCUGAAGCUGGCAGACCUGAUCGAGACGAAGGCUGAUGAGAUCGCCAAAAUCGAAGCCGCGAGCAUCGGUCAGCCUGCCGGGUCUUCGAGAAUGAUCACCUCGAUGUGUGCAUCCGUGUACAGGUAUUACGCGGGGUGGGCUGAUAAAAUUGCGGGAGAGAGCUACAAGGAAGAAGACGGCUCCUACAAGAUAGUCCAGUACGAGCCGUACGGCGUGUGCGCUGGAAUCGCGGCUUGGAAUGCAACCAUCCUAUACGUCGCAUGGAAGAUUGCGCCGGCUCUGGCGGCGGGAAACACUUUCGUCUUCAAGUCUUCGGAAAAGGCGCCCUUUUCACCACUUUUGGUCGCUCCUUUGUACAAGGAAGCUGGGUUCCCUCCCGGUGUAGUCAAUUUUAUCUCGGGAAAUGGCCUCACGGGAGCUUUGCUCUCAGCACACAUGGACAUUGACAAGAUCAGUUUCACCGGAUCGGGUGUGACGGGACGUAAAGUUCAGGAUGCCGCGGCGAAGAGCAAUCUGAAGAAAGUAACGUUGGAGCUGGGUGGCAAAAGCCCGGCUUUGAUUUUCGACGACGCGAAUUUGGAGAACGCCGUCACACAGAACUCACAGCUCUUCCUCUGGAAUACCGGCCAGGUGUGCGCAGCUACGUCUCGCGUUUUCGUCCAAAAGUCGAUCGCGCCGAAAUUCAUCGAGGCACUCAAGAACGCAUUCAAAAACGCAGAAGGAGCUUUCGGAUCUGAUCCGGCGCAAGCGACAACAAUGCUCGGCCCUCUGGCCGACAAGCUCCAGUACGAUCGCGUCAUGUCGUUCAUUGAGUCCGGCAAAGCCGAGUCUGGUGCUGAGCUUCUCGUAGGCGGCAACAAGAUUGAAGGGCACAAAGGACUGUACGUGCAGCCAACGAUCUUCCUAAAUGCCAAAGAUGACGCAAAAAUCUACCGCGAGGAGAUAUUCGGCCCUGUAUUGAACCUUCGCACGUUCGAGACGGAGGAGGAGGCUGUGAAGCUAGCCAACGACACUGCCUAUGGUCUCUCCUCGGCGUUGUACACCGAGAGCAUUUCUCGAGCUCUCCGAGUGGCCUCGAAGAUCAAGGCCGGCACGGUUGGCAUCAAUGGAGUGGCAUUUCCGGCCAACACGACGCCAUUCGGUGGAUUCAAACAAUCAGGCUAUGGACGGGAGCUUGGGAAGGCCGGGCUGUUCGCCUACCUCCAAGAGAAAACAAUCAGUAUCAAUAUGGCCGUGUAGACUGAACAAGGCUCUUGUUCGUUUCUCGACAUGGACUAGUUCCAAGACUGGGCCUUUGGAUUGCUGUUUGCAGCACAAUCUGAAUCUGUUUUCGUGAUCCGAUCGAUCAUCACUAUCCGUCUUCAAAUUGGGAAUGUAACGCAUUGAGAAAGGGAACCAUCGGCUCUUCCUCUAGCUACAAAAAACUAGCGAUGAAUAGAAUGAAUUUUGGAUAGCGCGUUGAAUUAUCAUGCCACAAUCGAAAUAUCAUAGUGCGAGAACAGAACCUGCCCCAUGCUGUGCAUUUAUUCUGUUGCGUUUAUCGUAC